AUGUCCAACCAGACUCCCGACUCCUGGGAGGAUGAGCUUUCGCGACAGGCCGAGGGCGUCAACCUGAACGCACAAGGCCGCCCGCAACCUCAGGCGCCCUCAUUCCAACCCGGCGCGGCCUCGUUCCAGCCGGGCGCUGCAGCCUUUGUGCCUGGACAGCAGCAAUACCAGCAAUAUGGCGGUUAUCCCUACGCGCAGUAUGGCCAGCAAGCCUACGGUGGCUACCCCCAGCAAGGUUAUGGCCAGUAUGGCGCAUAUGCGCAGCAGCCGGGUGCCUUCAACCAAUACUACAAUGGGCAGCAGCAAUACGGUGGCUACCCCCAGCAGCCUCGUCAGAACGCUCCGGCAGCUGCGCCUCAGCAGCCUCAGCAGCCAGCGGCCCCGGCCCAAUCCGCCUCCAAACCUGCCGCGAACGCGAACGCCGCCCCGCCCAAGGCCAAGGUGUUGUCGAUCGGCGCUACCACCUCCACCACCGCUCCGAAAACCAAGGUUCUUUCGAUUGGUACGCCUACCCCGGCCGCAAACGCACCGGGCAGCGGCUCGGACAAGGACACCAAGGGCCCCGAGGCUGCCACGGCUGGUGCCAAGGUGACGGCGUCCAAGGCGAUCGAUAAGACGGAGAACAAGACAGACUCAAAGACCGGUGCUAGUGGCAAGUCCUCGCCGACGCCAUCCUCUGGCCGCUCCAGCCCUGGACGUUCCAGCCCCGCGCGCGGUGAAACAGCCAAGCAGGCCCGUGAGGCCAACGUGGUUGCUAAGCAGCAGCAAGCCGAUGUUGACGAGGCAACAUUGAAGGAAAUCUACGGUGAGCGGAGGGAGCAUAUCAACGUGGUGUUCAUCGGUCACGUUGACGCUGGCAAGUCGACCCUGGGUGGCUCUCUACUGUACGCCACUGGCAUGGUCGAUGAGCGAACGAUGGACAAAUACAAGAGGGAGGCCAAGGAGGCUGGUCGAGAAACCUGGUAUCUUUCGUGGGCGUUGGAUCUGACCAACGAGGAGCGUUCCAAGGGUAAAACAGUCGAGGUGGGCCGAGCCUUCUUCAAGGUCAUGAUCCCGUCCCCGGAUGGCCCUAUUGAAAGACAAUUCUCGAUCCUGGAUGCUCCUGGCCACAAGUCCUACGUGCCUCACAUGAUUGGUGGUGCGUCUCAGGCGGACCUGGGUGUCCUCGUUAUCUCUGCCCGUAAGGGUGAGUACGAGACUGGUUUUGAGAAAGGUGGCCAGACCCGUGAGCACGCGCUUCUUGCACGGAACACGGGUGUCAGGAAGAUCGUCAUUGUCGUCAACAAGAUGGACGACCCCACGGUCGAAUGGGACAGGGCACGAUACGACGAGUGCACAGUGAAGGUUGUCAAGUUCUUGGAAGCUCUCGGCUACAAGAAGGAUGAUAUCCACACUAUGCCCAUCUCUGCCCAGCGUUCCAUGGGUAUUAAAGACCGAGUUCCCCAGGACCUUGCUCCCUGGUACAGCGGUCCAUCACUUCUGGAAUUCCUGACGGAGUUCAAGAUUCCCGAGCGUAAGAUCAACGCCCCGUUCAUGAUGCCGAUUACUGCGAAAUAUCGAGACAUGGGUACCAUUGCCGAGGGUCGUGUUGAGGCUGGUGUGGUUAAGAAGAACGGCAGUUACCUUAUGAUGCCCAACCGGUCAGAAGUCCAGGUCGCUGCCCUCUAUGGUGAGACUGAGGAUGAAAUCCCGACUGCCACCUGCGGUGAUCAGGUCCGCAUGCGUCUGCGUGGUGUUGAGGAAGAAGAUUUCUUCCCUGGCUUCGUGCUUUGCUCGCCGAAGCGUCCCGUCCACUGCGUGUCUGCUUUCGAGGCGAAAAUCCGUAUCCUCGAGCUGAAGAGCAUUCUCACCGCCGGUUUCAACUGUGUGCUUCACGUUCACUCUGCCGUCGAGGAAGUCACAUUUGCGUCUCUGCUUCACAAGCUCGAGCCGGGCACCGGCCGAAAGAGCAAGCGCCCUCCGCCGUUUGCGAGCAGGGGCCAAACGAUCAUCGCCCGUAUCGAGGUCACCAGCACGGCUGGUGCAGUCUGCGUUGAGAAGUUCGAGGACUACAACCAGAUGGGACGCUUCACGUUGCGUGACCAGGGGCAAACCAUUGCGAUUGGCAUGAUCACCAAGCUUAUUACCCCCGAAACCGAGAAUGCGUAA